UAGCAACCACCUGGCCUCUUAAGGGGGCCUUGGACCGUGGUCGCCCUCAGCCAUGGCUCCAAAAAAGAAGGCAAACAAAGGAGACAAGGAGCUUGACAGUAAGAAGAAGAAAGGGGGCAAGAAGGAUCCCAGUGUGGCCACCAAGACCACGGAGGCGCCUUUAGCGAUGGAGAUGCAGGAAUUCUACCUCAACCAGAUCCGAGACCUGGAGGACAGGCUGGCCCGGUACCAGCGGAAGUGGGACGAGCUGGCCUCACAGGAGAGGCUGUCCCGCCAGGAGUUUGAGCAGCUGGCCAACCACAAGAAGGAGAUUGUGGCUUUCCUCAAGCACACACUCAACCAGCAGGUGGACGAGAUCACGGACCUCAAGGAGCAGCUGCAGAGCCUGCAGCUGGCCAAGGAGAUGGAGAAGGACGCCUUCGAGGCACAGCUGGCCCAGGUGCGCCACGAGUUCCAGGAGACCAAGGACCAGCUGACCACGGAGAACACUGUCCUCGGGGGUAAGCUGGCCGCCCUGGAGGAGUUCCGCCUGCAGAGAGAGGACCUCAUGUACAAGUUCUCGUCCCUGGAGGAUCAGCUGCAGAAGCAGGAGAGCGAAUACAAGGACUCCAUGUACAACCUGGAGAAGAAGUUGGUGCUGGACAAGGACAGGCUGAGGAAAGAGAUCAUCCAGCGAGUGAACCUGGUGGCUGCUGAGUUCCACAAGAUGGCCUCGGACCAGACGUGGGAGACGACGAAGCGGGCCAUCGUGGAGAACAACAGCAUGACUCUGCGGCUGGCCAAGGUGUCCCAGCAAGGUGUGCAGCUGCUGCAGGAGAACGAGCAGCUCAGGGACACCCAGGAGGAGCUGCGCAAACAGCUGGGGGUGCUGGAGAGCACCCAGAAGGUCAUGGCCAGGAGCAGCAGAGGCCACCAAAAGAUCAUCCUCAUGCUGACUGAGAAGUGCCAUGAACAGCAGCAGGGCAUGGCAGAGGCCAAGCAGCUGCGCCUGCUGCUGAACAACCUGGACCAGCGCGUCCUGCAGAUGCAGACGGACAAUCAGGCGCUGCGAAGCCAGAGAGACCAGCUGAACCAGCAGCAGCAGCAGCAGCAGGCUGAGGUACAGCGGCUACAGCAGGAGCUGACUGAGGAACAGAAGAUUCGGGCCAGCCUAGAGGUGAUCCUGGCCCAGGCCGCUGUGUACGUACAGGGUAUUCUGCAGAUGCACACAGAUGAAGAGGAUGGGGACUUCGAAGUGGCUCUGGCUCUCCAGCUGCGGUGCAAGGAGCUGCUGGAGCAACUGCUGGCCCUGCUGAGCUCUGCAGUGGUCCUGAAACCCCAAACAGCUGCUUGUCUCCGCCACAAGCAGCAGCCCCAUAGGCUGCCCAAGCAGAGCCGUUCCCGCACCCUGCAGCAGCAGCCGUCUGGCAUCACCACCUUCCAGCCAGGGCAUCCAGGCUCAGCGUCUCACCAAGGCCAUAUCCCACCCAACCCCAAGGAUCUCAGGCUGCUCUCAUUUGUCACGCGCAUGGGGACCCUCCGGGCCCACAGCACUCCUGAGAUCCGUGCCUCUGGUGCUCUAAAAAGCCUCAAAAAUUUCAGUCUUCCCGAAGUUUUACUGCGUCCCAAGUAGCACCUGGAGAGACCAACC